AUGGUGCCCUUGCAGCCUCGACAAAAUGUGGGUGUUCCAGUGGUGUUCAGGAUUUACUAUCCCCAGUUCUACUUCAAGCAGACUGAGAUGGAGGAGUUUGACGCGAGGCCGGAUCGCUAUGGGCCGUCGGUGAUCGGCAAGUACACCAAAGGAAUCGGUAUGAUCGAGGCGCGGUACUGCACUGACGAUGAGGACCCAGUGAGCUUUGCCAUGACCGUGACGCAUCGCCUGAUCGAGCGCAUGGACAAGGAGGGCUUCAACGAGACGUACAGAUACAUGCCGGAUGGCAACCGCCUCCCCUCCUGGAACUCUGUCGGCCGCCUCGACAUCGGCACGGAGAGUAUCAUCGACCGGUCGAAGUCGAUGAAGGCGUACGUCAUGGACCUCUUCGAGCGGUACGGCAGCGGCGAGGGCAACAUCGAGGGCGUGGAUAUGUACAACGCCUGCUAUGGUGGCCAGGACUGGUCAGGGUACAACAAACGUAUGAUAUGA